CCACACUGUUUACCACGUGAGCACAUAUGGGAAAUGCACAACAUCUGUAAGCGAUUUAUGGUAGGAACACACACGUCUAAAAAGAAGAAAAAAGGGAUGAAGACAGAGCACCCAAGCAUGCUGGAGGAGGGGAAGUUUGAGCAGAGGAAUAAGACUAGGAGAAGAACCACAUGCUGGAUUAGAAAGAAGCAUGUUCGAGUGGGCUUAGCAGAAACUCUCAGCACUUUUGUCAUGAUGGUGUUUGGUCUAGGUUCUGUGGCUCAGGUGGUCACAGGAGGGGGGGUUUUUGGAGAUUUCCUGAGCAUUAAUCUGGGUUUCGGUCUUGGUGUAGCGAUGGGGGUACAUGCUGGUGGGAAAGUGUCAGGUGCUCACAUGAAUGCAGCGGUGACGUUUACUAUGUGCGUAUUGGGCCGCCUUAGCUGGAAGAUGCUCCCACUCUACGUAGUUGCACAACUGCUGGGCUCCUUUAUUGCUGCGGGAACAAUUUUCACCUUGUACUAUGAUUCCAUAAAUCAUUAUUGUGGAGGAAACCUCACAGUGUUUGGCCCCAAAGCAACAGCAGGGAUCUUUGCCACUUAUCCAGCUCCUUAUCUCUCAAUACAAACUGGAUUCUUGGACCAGGUACUUGGCACUGCCAUGCUUUUGCUAUGUCUGAUGUCUCUGGCAGAUAAGAGGAACCAGCCUGCCCCAACUGGUGGAGAGCCUGUGGCUACUGGAGCUCUUGUAUUGCUGAUUGGAGUUUCCAUGGGCAGCAACAGUGGCUAUGCAAUCAAUCCCACCCGAGACCUUGGGCCAAGGAUUUUUACAGCAAUUGCAGGCUGGGGAAUAGAUGUUUUCAGGGCAGGUAACAAUUGGUGGUGGGUGCCCUUGGUGGCCCCAUUAGUGGGUGGAGUGACUGGAGCUUUGAUAUAUAAAGCAUUUGUGGAGAUGUUCCAUCCUAAGGAUAAAAAACCAAAGCCCAAUGGACCAUCAGAGCACAUACCGCUGGAUGAGUGCAAGAAAGACAACACUGAGGAGUGUGUGAACUGUUAACAAGUCGAGUACCACUGGAACCAGAGAAGGGACGAGAGAGAGGAGCUAAAGAAAAAAAUAGAUUUUUUUUCUUAAAUAGAAAUAGAAAAGUAAAGAUGCAAUAUAAUCAGCUCCUGCCUGUUCGGCUCGUAUGAGCUCAAAAAGUAACAAAAAAACAACAACAACUCACUAGACAAACAAUUACCAUGACUGAAGAAUAAACUGGCAUGAAGGAA